AUGCUUAAAUCACUUUUUUCCCGACGCCAGCCUGUGGCUGUCUCGGCCAUCCAGCAACAGGUGCGCUCAAUCGCCUUGAUGGGCCGUCUUGGUGAUGCCCCUGGCGCCCAGAAGAAUGAGCACCGUGUGGGUCGCGGUCCCAGUUCUGGUCGGGGCAAGACAUCUGGUCGUGGUCAAAAGGGUCAAAAGGCCCGCAACAAAAUCCGCUCGUGGUUCGAGGGUGGUCAAACGCCAAUCUACAAGCUUUUCCCCAAGCGUGGGUUCAAGUCGCAUAUCGAUCAACCCCAGUACGUCAACCUUGGUCGCCUGCAACAGUUCAUUGAUCAAAAGCGCAUCGACGCCAGCAAGCCCAUCACCAUGCGCGAGCUGCACACUUCCAACCUUUUGAAUAAAGUCGGAGCAGGCGGUGUUAAGCUGCUUGCCGGAGCUGGCAGCCGGCUGAAGCAACCCAUUACGAUUUCGGCGACGCGUGCAUCCGAGGCAGCCAUCAAGACGAUUGAGGCAGCCGGCGGCACCUUCAUGGCCCAAUACUAUACCAAGCUUGGUCUGCGGACGCUUGCACAGCCCGGAUACGUUUUGCAGAAGCUGGGCCGGAUCCCGCUGCGUGCCAAGCCCAUUUCGCGCAAACACGUUGAGUUUUACCGCGACCCUGAAAACCGCGGCUACUACCAGGCUUCUCCUGCUCCCACUAUCAUGGAGUCGUCGCGCGGCGUCACUCUGCGCAGCGUCAAGCAGAGUCCGCUGUUGACACAGCUUGCUGAAAUUGAGAAGCAAGAGGUUGUCAAGACUGGACUUGCUGGGUUUACUGGGUCUUCUGUUGUUGGCAGACCCCAGCCCAAGAAGAAAUAA